AUGGCACCAAAACGGUCAAAGAAUCAACUACGAAGAGAGAAACUAAAGCAGAGGAAAUUGGAAAAGCAAGCAGAGGAACCUGAUAAAAGUGUCAACGUAGAAGAACCAAAGACAGGGCCAAAUAGCACAACAAUCAGUAUACAAAUUGACGAUGAUCCAUUGUAUGAACAAUUUCAAUCAGUAUUGAACAAAUUCAAUAAUCCUCAAGAAAUUGAAAUUACCAAACAAGAAAGUACAGAAGAUUCCAAGGAUUUGGUUUAUCAAAAUGGAGACUCAUCGGAAAACGAACUGGAUGAUGAAGACAGCAGUGACGAGAAUGAUGAGGAAACGCAAAAACAACAACAACAGCUUUCAAAACGUCAAUUACGUAUACAAAACAAAAUUCCAUUAGCAAAAUUGAAAUCAUCGGUGAAAUCCCCUCAAGUUGUUGAAUGGUACGAUGUGGACUCCAAAGACCCCUAUUUACUAAUUGCAAUGAAAUCCCAACCGAAUAUAAUCCCGGUCCCAUCACAUUGGAGUUCGAAAAGGAAUUACUUGUCUUCACGUAGAGGUAUAGAAAAAUUACCAUAUCAGUUACCCAAAUAUAUUCAAGCAACAGGAAUUUCAGAAAUGAGAUCAGGUGGACGUGAUCACAGGACAUUGCGUCAACAACAAAGAGAAAAAGUUCAACCCAAAAUGGGUAAACUAGAUAUGGAUUAUGAAAAGUUAUACCAAGCUUUUUCUAAGUUCCAAAUAAAACCAAGAGUUUUUCCCUAUGGUGAAUUAUUUGAGGAAGGUAAACAUUCCAAUGAUGAACUUGUUACUAAAGCUGCCAAAAUUAAACCUGGUAUUAUUUCAUUGGAAAUGAGACUGGCAUUAAGUAUGCCACAGAAUGAUGGGACUAUUCCACCAGCUUGGGUUACCAUCAUGAGAGAUAUAGGGAAACCUCCCUCUUACAAGGACUUGGUUAUACCUGGACUAGAUAUUAAAUAUAGUAAUGCAGGGUAUAAGGAUAGAAAUAGCGAUUCUAGACGGGAAAAAUUGAAACAUUGGGGAGCACUAAAUACUGCUAUUGAGUCUUCAGAUGGAGAAGAUGAUGAAGAAGAUGACGAUGGGCAAGAUGAGGAAUCUAGUGUUGCUACUGAUUCUAUUGAGGUAAACACCACAUUUUAUCCAUUGGAAGAAGAUGAAGUGUCUGAAGAGCCAUCGUUGAAUGAUAUACUUGCAGGGUUGUCAAGUGCUAAUGAUAAACCUAAAGAAGAGAAGAAAUUGUAUAAAAUUAUUGAAGAGAGGAAAGUUACAGAUGAUGAUUCGUUGACAGGAUAUACAUAUGACUUGAAAAAUGAUAGCGUCGAGGAAUAUUCAGAAAAUGAGGAUUCCAAAAACUCUGAGGACACCAAGAAUUCUGAGGAAGAACCUGAAGAUUUUAAAUUCUAA